AUGAACAACAUUAGGAGUUUAUUUUUAGUUUUCGUAUAUUCGUAUUCUUCUUUUGUAUUUUGCACCAAGUUUGGAUUGCUUAUUGCUUACAAAUGUAAUGUAAAUUUUAACAAUGACCCAAAUAUAACCAUAAAAUCAUUAGUAAUUCAAACUUCUAAAAUUUCUGAAAUGCCUCAUGAAAUUACUGGGAAAUUGCUGAAAGUGCAAAUAAACAAUUCAAACCAAUUUAAAUUAGAUAUCAAACAAUUUUUUUGCUCGUGUAAAGCAGGUGCUUCUGAAUGUUGUAAGCACACUGUAGCUGUCCCAGUAAACACUGAAACAUCUAUGAGACGUCUAAUAUACUUCAUCCUAAAAUGUUGGUGA